GUCUACUUCUCCGAGAAAUUUUGACAGUGUGAUUAAUUGGGUGUUUCUUUUUAGCUGGUUAGUGUCACAUGAAAGAAGAAAUCGUUGAAUAAUGACUGAUGAGGAGAGGGCAGGAUGGGACCACACCCCAAAGAAACAGAAGACGUCCAACUCCUCUCCGGAGAACGAUCUUUACCAGCAGCGAUGUAGUUUACCCAUCUAUCCAGCGAGGGGCAAGCUCAUCACCGAGAUCCGCAAGGCUGCAAGCGUCGUGGUGCUAGGGGAGACGGGGAGUGGCAAAACUACACAGAUUCCGCAGUAUCUUCUGGAAGCCGGGAUGACCAAAGCUGGCAUGAUAGCUGUAACCCAGCCUCGUCGUGUUGCAGCCAUUUCUAUUUCAACCCGAGUUGCUGAUGAGAUGGGUUGUGAGCUGGGGACACAGGUGGGGUACUGUGUACGUUUUGAUGAUGCAACCUCAGAGCAAACGAAGAUCAAGUACAUGACUGAUGGUAUGCUGUUGAGGGAAGCCAUUUUGGAUCCAAAAUUAUCCAGGUAUAGCAUUGUGGUGCUAGAUGAAGCGCAUGAGAGGACUGUUCAUACUGAUGUCCUGUUUGGGGUCGUUAAAGCAGCUCAGCAGCACAGAGCCAAUGGGAACAGACCACUCAAGAUUGUGGUGAUGUCAGCUACAAUGGAUGUCGAUAGUUUCUCACAGUAUUUUAACAAAGCUCCAGUCCUUUACCUUCAAGGCAGACAGCAUCCUAUAGAGUUGAUGUAUUCCAGUUCAUCUCAGCCAGACUAUCUCUUCUCAACGUUGGUCACCAUCUUUCAAAUCCAUCAAGAACAGCCUGUUUCUGAAGAUAUGCUUGUUUUCCUGACUGGUCAGGAAGAAAUUGAGAGUGUUGCUAGGUCAGUGAGGGAGGUAGCACUGGAUCUACCUCAGAAUGUUCCUGGCCUUGUAGCCAUUCCAAUGUACGCCUCUUUGCCACCGGGUCAGCAGCUUCGAGUCUUUCAACCUGCCCCUUCUGGUAAGAGGAAAAUAAUUCUAGCUACAAACAUCGCCGAGACGUCGGUCACCAUCCCUGGCAUAAAACAUGUCAUAGACACUGGCAAAGUCAAAGCAAAGAGCUACCAGGCAGGGAGUGGUCUAGAUCUGCUCAGGGUGCAGUGGGUUUCUCAAGCCCAGGCCUGGCAGAGGACUGGUAGAUCAGGCAGAGAGGAUAGUGGGACAUGCUGGAGAAUGUAUACAGAAGAUGAAUUUACCAAGCUCCUCGCCAACACCAUUCCAGAGAUACAGAGGUGUAACCUGUCAAGUGUUGUUCUCCAGAUCAUGGCCCUCGGCAUCAAGAAUGUGCUGACCUUUGACUUCAUGGACCCCCCACCAAGAGAGUCACUAGAAGCAGCCCUCAAGCACCUAGAGCUCUUGGGAGCCGUGAGCAGAGAGAGACAUUUACAUCUCACACCCAUUGGCAAGGAGAUGUCCACUUAUCCCUUAGAUCCACCCAUGUCAAAGGUCAUCAUUAGUGCAAAGGAUUAUGGGUGCUUAGAGGAGAUCCUGACUAUUGUCUCUGUUCUUUCAGUGGAGUCCAUUCUUCACAGUCCAAUGAGCAAGAGAGAUAAAGCAUUAGCAGCAUGGAAGAAGUUCUAUUGCAGCGAAGGGGAUCACGUGACCUUGCUCUCCGUCUAUCGAGCAUUCAAAGCUGUCAAGAACAAGAAGGAGUGGUGCAGGGAAAAUUACAUCAAUCAUCGUAACCUCAAGCAUGCAAUGGAAGUUCGCAAGCAGCUGAGGGAUCUCUGUGUGCGAGCCAACCUUACACUACAAUCCUGUGGACACGACUUCACUGCGAUAAGAAAAUGCUUAAUCCAAGGCUUGUUCAUGUAUUCGGCUGAGCUUCAAUGUGACGGGUCCUAUCUGACGUUGGAUAGGAAACAGACCGUGUCAAUCCAUCCCUCCUCGUGCCUCUUCCAGUGCAAGCCGUCCUACCUGCUCUACAGUGAACUGGUCCAAACAUCCAAAUGUUACAUGAGGAAUGUGUGUGUGGUGGAUGCAGAGUGGCUGUACGAGACUGCUCCUUCGUUCUUCAGACAGAGGUGCGGAAAGAAGAGGUGACCGUAGCUGGUGGUUUCUAGAAGAGACAGAAAAUCACCACUGGAUCACUGGAUUUCUGAGCAGUUUACAGAAGGAACAG